GCGGCUCUUGAAAGUAAUACGAAGUGAAUUGCGCAUUGAUCUGGCUGUAAUCGUAGGGGUUUUUCGGAUUUCAAACAAAUUCGCAACAAUUGUGUGUUCUGUUUAUUGUUUGGCUGAGUUGAGCUCAGCGAACGAGUGCGGUUUUUCCCAUAACAAUUCCAGUCGUCGCCAUGAAUGUGGAGCAGGUGUUGCUGAUCAGUCUGGCACUGAUUUCCCUCGCACCGGCGGGCUUCUCGAUCCGCACCUGCGGUAGCCACGAGGUCUGCGUUAGCAAGAGGAAGUGCGACGAGACGGAUGAUUCCGGCAAGGGGAAGCUGGUCAAGCGCAUACUGGACAACAGCUGCGGGCGCGACUUGGUGUGCUGCGAAAAGGAGCAGUUGGAGAACUUCGAGGCCCAUCAGGCCGAAGUUGAGUACCGCAAUCAGCGACGGGGAAAUCCAUGGCCCUCCUGGGAUACGCCCCUCGAAGAAGCAUCGAAACCAAACCUCGUGGGAGCCAAGGAGGACGACCCGGGCUACAAAAGCUGCGGCAUCCAGCGGGAGUGUGUCCCACGGCACCUCUGCUCCACCGGAGUGGUUAACGAGGAUGGCCGGUACAUCAUCAAGCCGCGCAUAAAUGAGGACAGCAAUUUCGGCUGUCGAGUCGUGGAGGAGUGCUGUCCGCUGGACGAACAGAUUGAGGAGGGUCGCAAUCCCAUCCAGCGUAACGUCAAGGAUUUUCUUCUGAAGGGCUGCGGCUUUAGCAAUCCGAAGGGGCUCUACUACCAGCUGGAUGGGUACAACAAUGGCGAGUCCGUCUUCGCCGAGUUCCCCUGGACAGUGGCGCUAAUGGACAUGGAGGGCAACUUCGUCUGCGGCGGCACACUCAUCCACCCGCAACUGGUGCUGACCAGUGCCCACAACUUGCUCAACCAAAAUGAGGACUCGCUGCUGGUCCGAGCUGGUGAAUGGGACCUUAACAGCCAGACAGAGCUGCACCCCUACCAGAUGCGGGCUAUCAGCGAGUUGCAUCGCCACGAGAACUUCAACAACCUGACCUUAUACAACGACAUUGCUCUGGUGGUGCUGGAGCGGCCGUUCCAGGUGGCGCCGCACAUCCAGCCCAUCUGCCUGCCGCCGACGGAGACGCCCCAGAUGGAGGCUGAGUUGCAAAGUGCCAACUGCUUGGCCACCGGCUGGGGUCACAGAAACAGCGCGUCCCGCACCAUGGAAAACCUGCUAAAGCGCAUCGAACUGCCGGCGGUGGACCACGAGUCCUGCCAACGGCUGUUGCGGCGCACUGUCCUGGGGCGCCGCUACAGCCUCCAUCCGAGCUUCAUUUGUGCCGGCGGCGUGAAGGGCAAGGACACCUGCAUGGGCGACGGCGGCUCCCCGCUGUUUUGCACUUUGCCUGGGGAGAAGGAUCGCUACCAGCUGGUGGGCCUCGUGUCCUGGGGCAUCGAGUGUGCCGAGAAGGAUGUGCCCGCGGCCUACACGAAUGUGGCCUAUUUGAGAACUUGGAUCGAUGAGCAGGUGACGAAGAGCGGGUUCCCAUUAAUAGAGGGCUUUUAGGUUAGGUACACAGCUAGCAUGUAAAUCAAUUUCAAAUAAAGUUACUUUAAUUAAUUGCA